AUUGAAGAAGAAACAAGUUUACUUUGUCUCCUGAGGUAGUGAGGUCUGAUCUUUGCAUAUUUAUAGCGAGAUUUAAGAAUACCGAUGGCUGAUCAUCAAAAAAUUCAUCCUGCGGUGGAUCUGGAGGCACCACCAACUCCCACAGCGCCGCCUAUGGUGCCUCAUGGACACCGGCCUUCUUCAACGAUUCCACAAGAGAUGAAUGAGAAAUGUCCGGGUACUACUCCAGUUGCUUCUUCAACAAUUCCACGAGAGAUGAAUAAGAAAGGUCCAAGUACUACUCCAGUUGAUCAGCAGCGCCACCUUCCAUUAGGUUCACGAUCAUCACACGUAGCACAUACCAUUCCGGUAAUCCCUGCAGAGCCAAAGCAACCAGAAAAGAGGAGCUCUUCAUCUACUUGUUGCAGAUGUAUUUGUUGGGCACUGAGCAUCCUUCUCCUUGUAUUGAUCAUAAUAGGAGCCACUGCUGGAAUACUUUAUCUCAUCUUCCGCCCAAAACUUCCAAGUUACUCUGUCAAUAGCUUGAAGAUAAGCGACUUAAGGCUCAAUUUGGACAUGAGCCUAUAUGCAAAAUUCGACGUCAAGAUAACAGCUGAGAACCCAAACAAGAAGAUUGGGAUUUACUAUGAGCAGGGUGGCCAGUUGAGUGUGUGGUAUACAAACAUGAGGCUUUGUGAAGGGGCACUGCCAAAGUUUUACCAAGGUCACCAGAACAAAACAGUACUCAAUGUGGCCUUGACAGGCCAAAACCAAUAUGGAAGCACACUGAUGAAUGCACUGCAACAGCAACAACAAACUGGAAGCAUCCCCUUAGAUCUCAAGGUUAAUGCACCAGUAGCAAUUGAAUUGGGGACAUUAAAGCUCAGGAAGGUCAGGAUAUUGGGGAAGUGUUUGUUGGUUGUGGAUAGCCUCACUACUAAUAAUUUCAUUAGCAUAAAAGCUGAUAAUUGUAGAUUUAGAUUGAAGCUUUGAGAUAAUUUAGCAGAACUGCAUCUUCAAUUUUGGGGGUUGGGAUAGGGAGCUAUUUCACUUUUCCUUCAUUGUAUUUUUCAUCUACUUACUGAUGGCAUGUUUGAUUAUUUAAAAUUUAUGCAAUUCAUUUUUACUC